CGAUAGGAGAUCUGCUACUUUCUCCUUAGUAAGCAUUAAGUUGGCACACACGCUGCUUCCUCCCUUCCAUAAAUAAAUAUGUCUCAGAUCCUUAUUUUAGCUAGGCGCUGGGACCAAGCCACCUGCCUGAAAGGGGUGAGGGGCACACCCAUGCACACCAGAAACCUUCCCCUGCCCUACCAAAGUUUGGACUGUGCUAAAGACCCAUUCUCCUGGCGGUGUAAACCCCUGCCCAGCGGCAGGGUGAUUGAUUCAGCAGCCCCUACCCUAGAAAAGAGUCCACCCUGCUUUGAUGUGUGUUGUUGUAGAAGUGCUGGCUCUCAGAGAAGAAUUUCCCACUAGGGUUCCAGCACCUUGAACUUCCAACAGGCCAUCCUGCUGGGACCUGAAUUUCACUAAUGAUGGGAGUCAUUGAUCUGAGAGAGCUUUUCCUCUUCGUGUUUUCUUGCAGAAACCAUAGACCUUUUUGUUGUUGUUGUUGUUGUUGUUUUUGUUUUUUUGUUUUAUUUUUUAAACCUUUUUAGGUAUAAAUCCCUAGGUUCAUGAUUCUUGCUUAAAAACAAACAAAUAAACCAGAAUAGGUUCCUGAAGAAAGAGGAGAGCCUGGGUGAUCUCAGGAUUAGCCUCUCUUCCUAAGACCUUCCUUUGCUGUCCUGGGAGUACUGAAGGUUUAUCAAAUCUUGUUUCUGCCCACUCUAGCUGAGGUGGCAUUGUUCACCUUUCUCCAUGUACUGGUGCUCAUGAAGGACUUGCCACCUCUCUGUGUUGGAAACACUGCUCUGAGAAGUAAGUGAAUGAGGGUUCCAUUUUAUUGGUACAAGGUGCUUUGGGGGUUGAAGAACCCCGGGCAAUGGAAAUGCAUAGUUUGCAGGGCCUAUACUUAAUACUGGAAAGUUUUUGUCAGGGUAUCAAAGUAAAAGAGUUCUUCUCUUCCUCCUCCUCGUCCUUGUUGUCCUUCUUCUUAAUAGUUUGUACAAAAUGGUCUACUGUGGGGAUUUGAAUGACUUCCAGUUCUAGGGUUCUCAGCUUGGACCUUUGUCUGAUAGUAUUUCACUAUUUGGAACUUCUGGAGUUCACGACGUAACAGUAUAGUGGUCAUAAAGAAGAGUUCAUAAAAGGUUCUUGUCCCAAAAUGAAAUUAGGAUAUGUAGUUCAAGGCACAUUUUGUAUUUUUUAUAAACUGUUCUUAUGUCUACAUUGCCCCAGUACCGACUUAUUGUCCCUAUUCUACAAAUAUGAAAAAAAAAAUUAGGGAACUUGUCAUAACAAACCAACCUGCGCAUUCAUUGGUGACCCAGGAUCUAACCACCUGAUUUUGUAAGGAAGAUUCCUGGCAGAGGAGAGGACAGAAUCAGGAGGCCUGGGUUCUACUUAGGAGGUAUUUCUGUCAAGCCUUGUGACCUUGGACCACUUACGGCAUUUUUUUUCUGAGCCUCAACUUCCUUAUCUACAAAAUAAAUGCAUCAGACUGGAGUCUCACUCAGAUCUCCAUGCUUCUAUUUGGGGGAAAAAAAUCAGUGAUUCAACACAUCUUGGUAGGCGUGCUCAAGUGAUUCAUCUGUCAGCCCCAUGCCUGCUACAUAGAGUGAAAGGAGUACAGGCCUUGGUGACUGAGGCUCAACAAGACGUUUGUGAGAGCAGUUGGUGGGUUGUAGUUCCCUCUGCAGGGGUCAAGUGGUGACAUUGUCGAGGGAAAGAAGCUGUGUAUGUAUGGGGGCAGGCAUCGUUCACGCCCUGCAAAAGUGAGGUGUGGAGAUGGAGGCACACAUAAAUGGAGCCUUCAUAUAUAAUCUUUCAACUUUUUUUUUUUUUAAAGAUUUUAUUUAUUUAUUUGAGAGAGAGAGAAUGAGACAGAGAGCAUGAGAGGGAGGAGGGUCAGAGGGAGAAGCAGACUCCCUGCCAAGCAGGGAGCCUGAUGCGGGACUCCAUCCCAGGACUCCAGGAUCAUGACCUGAGCCGAAGGCAGUCGCUUAACCAACUGAGCCACCCAGGCGCCCCAUCUUUCAACUUUCUUAAAAAAGAUUUUUUUUUUUUUAAGAUUUUAUUUAUUUAUUUGACAGAGAGAGACACAGCAGGAGAGGGAACACAAGCAGGGGGAGCGGGAGAGGGAGAAGCAGGCUUCCCGCAGAGCAGGGAGCCUGAUGCGGGGCUCCAUCCCAGGACCCUGGGAUCGUGACCUGAGCCGAAGGCAGACGCUUAACGACUGAGCCACCCAGGCGCCCCCAAAAAGAUUUAUUUCUUUGUUUGAGAGAGAGAGAGAGAACAAGCGAGAACGAGUAGGAAGGGCAGAAGGAGAGGGAGAGAGAAUCUCAAGCAUACUCCGUGCUAAGCGGGACUCCAUCCCAGGACCCUGAGAUCAUGACCUCGAGCCAAAACCAAGAGUUGGAUGCUUACCCAACUGAGCCACUCAGGUGCCCCAGCCUUCGUGUAUAAUCUUUGUAAUAGCAUGGGCUGGGCUAGGUCAUUGUGGUUUUGAAAAGAAGUCAUAAAGAAGUACCUGAUUCAAGUAUGCUUUAGGAAUUCAUAGGACUAGAAGGGACUAUUCCACAUAGCCCUCUAUACCCCACCAUUGCAGACAGGGUGAGUGCUGGGACCUCAUUCUGCUAGUAUUUAUAGUGUGGGUGGGUGACUGUGGCCUCCUGGUAGCCUGGGGAGUAAAAGAACUAGAUCUGAUGUUGCAUUUACCAUUCCUGCUCUUCAUUUAAUUUUAUUUUUUUAAUUUUAUUUUUUUGAGGUUUUAUUUUAUUUAUUUGUCAGAGAGAGAGCACAACCAGGGGGAGUAGCAGAGGGAGAGGGAGAAGCAGGCUUCCCACUGAGCAAGGAGCCGCAUGUGGCACUUGAUCCGAGGACCCUGGGAUCAUGACCUGAGCUGACUGAGCCACCCAGGUGUCCCCAUUCCUGCUCUUUAGGUUGAGCCACUAGGCAGUACAGUUGACCCUUGAACAACAUAGGGGUUAGGGGCAACAACUCCCCCCACCGCCCCCAGCUGAAAAUUCUUGUGUUGCUUGACUUCCCAAAAGCUUAACUAUUAAGAGCCUGCUGUUGACCAGAAGCCUUACCAAUACUGUGAACAGUUGAUUCAUACAGAUUUUAUAUUUGUAUUACACGCCAUAUUCUUACAAUAAAGUAAGCUAGAGAAAAGAAAAUCAUUAUUAAAAUCCUAAGGAAGAGAAAAUAUAUUUACAGUAGUGUACUUUAUAAAAAAAAAAUCCAUAUGUCAGUGGACCUAGAGUUCAAACCUGAAUUUAAGAGUCAGCUAUACUUCCUCUCUCUGUAAGACUAGACAUGUCCUGGACAACUCCUAAGAAAAAUGAUCUUGUUGGCUAAAACAAGUGUUGGCUGUGUUGAAGUCCAUGUAAAUGAGAUAGGACUGUAUAUUGUAAAUAAGGGAAGGUAUUCAGUUUAGAGCUUGCAGUACAACAAGGGAUGUUAUAGGAUUCAUAUAAAGUCACCGAACAAGACCCUGAAGGAUCGGUUUUGCAGGAUCAUGUCAGGGUAUUGUGAUGUAAAGAUGCCAGCAUCACACUCCCCAUCUGGUUAGCGCCUAGUGAAUUUUAAAACAUGAUUAUGUUUCACCAUAUACCGAUAGUCAGGUCCCUUGGUUUUGAUAAGAUGAUAUUCACUAAUCAAAAAGUUUUAUUUAUUUUUUUGUCACUUAGGUUUCUUUCUGUCCUUGUGAUAAGAUAGAUGUCGUUGACACUGAUGAAACAAAGAAUCCAUUAUGCUUUUCUGUUUCAUUCUUUUUGAUUUUCUGUAAAAAAAAUGACACAUUUGGUAGAUAACGUGCUUGUGAGAGCAUAUGGUGAUAAUCUGUAGAGUAAGGCCAACAGAAGACCAUUUUGGAGCUGGUGGGAUGGGGAAGAUGGGGCAGAUUUUUAUCCUGUGAUUUUUUUUUUUCCCUGAAGUUUUGUUGGCUGAGAAAAAAAAUCUUUUAUUAUUACUAUUUUUUAAAUAUUUUUAAGUAAUGUCUUGCCAGCAAGUUAGAGCAAGAGAGAGAGUGUGGAUUUGAAUCCUAGUCUUACAUUGUCUUUGAAACUGUAAUUGUUGUAUAUUGAUUAUUUACUGUGUGAGACACUGUGUCUAACACUUUAAAUGUGUUAGCUUACUUAAUCGCUGCAGGUGAGUGCCGUUAUCUUUAUUUUAUUGAUAAGGAGAUAGAGUCUUUGGAGAGGUUCUAGGGCAUCAUAUAAAUAGGGUUGGUUUUUUUUUUUUUGAACUUGAUUUGCAGUGCAGGAAGACUAGAGCAUUUUCUGUUUACAUUUAUUUCAGAUGGUCAUGGAAGAGCAGAGCCUCUAGAUGAAGCUAAAUCUCUGUUUUUAAAUGUAGAAGUGAAAAUAUUCAGUGUCCUGGGUUGGGAUAGAAUGUUGCUCCCUGUCAUGUGAAUUGGCCAUUACAGUUUUGAAAAGUGUUGUGUUUCUGAAAUUUCAGCUUAAUUAAAAGGUAAUUGGUUUUCCUACACAUCAGUUUCCUUUUUUCUCUCCUCUCUGAAAGACAUUCCCACACCAGCAUAGGUGAGAGUAAGUGGAAAAAUUCUCAAGUCGUAGGCAAGUGGAGAGUGGAACUCCAAAGGACCUUGGGACAGCUGGGGAAGAGAGCUAGAAUUUUCCCUUCUAAGUAGCUUUUCUUUUUCUUUUAAAGACUUUAUUUUAUUUAUUAGAGAGAGAGAGAGCGCACAAGCAGGGGGAGCAGCAAGCAGAGGGAGAAGCAGGCUCCAUGCUGAGCAGGGAGUCCGAUGCGGGGCUCGAUCCCAGGACCCUGAGAUCAUGACCUGAGCCAAAGGCAAACGCUUAACCACUGAGCCACGCAGGUGCCCUUCUUUUCUAACUAGUGUCGGCUACCGAUGAGCGUAGUCUUUUAGAUUCAACUUAAGAUUUUGGUCUUUUAUUACAUUAUUGUUUUCUUGAGUAGAAACAGAAAACUUCAGAGCGGCUCCUUGUGUGAGGCCUGGGUAAGCAUGGUCCUUCCUGUGCCCACUCUGCUCUUGUCAGUGGGUUGUGCACAUGGUGAGGUUGACCUCAGGCUCGAAGCUGGCCAUCAAAGUUUCUUUGCUGUAGACGAGCACAUAUUAAUUUCACCUCCUUUAAAGCUCAGGAGAAGAUGUCGAGUUUUGCCAAAUCCAAAGUAAGCAGGAUUUUUCUGGAAAUUGGCUUUUGGCAUUAUUUUAGGAAGUGCACUAAAGGAAGAUAAGCUACGGUCUCAUGGUUAGAGUGAACCGGGCUUAGGGAUUUAGAACCCUUGGUCUGGCUCCAGGGGGGUGUAUGUGUGUGCGUGUGACCUUGGCUAAGUCACUUUCCUUUAAUCCUCCCUCUACUUCCAGUUUUCGAUUUUUCCUGCCAUGAAUGGCAGAUAGAAUUCUUGCUAGGUACAAAUAUAUUUUACAGGCCGGCUUUAAAAAGUGAAAGCCAGGUUUACUUCUACGGAUUUGUGACAAAUAUGCUAUCUUUUUGUUAGAGAAAAAAAUCUCUCUCCUACAUACUUUACUAUUGCAAAGGACGCCUUUACUUCCUACCUCCACGUUGGAAAGGAUGUUUCCGUCUGGGUGGUUUAAAAAAAAAUGCUCUUUGGUUGUAGUCAUCUUGAGGAUUCACUCGUAGUCAACUUGUCUAUGUGCUUAGCACAAACACUGGACAUGCAAAGGAAGAGGGGAUCUAUCAUCUGAUAUAAAUGAUGCCAACUGGUGCAUGGCGUGGGCUAGAGGUCUUUAUUUUUUUAAAGAUUAUCUGAGAGAGAGAGAGAGCACGCGCUCAUGAGCAGGGGGAAGGGAGAGGCAGAGGGAGAAGCAGACUCCCAGCUGAGCAGGGAGCCCAAUGCUGGACUUGAUCCCAGGGCCCUGGAACCUGACCUGAGCUGAAGGCAGACGCCUCACUGACUGAGCCACCCAGGCGCCCCAGGCUAGAGGUCUUUAAUGAAAAAAGGCAGAGCUCCCUAAGAGACUGUUCCAGACAGGCUUCCAGUUGGUACUCUUGCUGAAAGAGACGCGUUGCUUCUCCAGCACUGUGGAGAGCUUGCAGAAACGUCCCACAAAAUGAGUAGAGAUAAGGGACAGAAAAAGUCAAGGGGGAUUAGGGGACAAAGAACACUGCCAACGUUUCGGUUGGAUCACUGUGUUGUGUGCAUUUAUUCCUGCAGGGAAGAAGCUGGAUUUGCCUUUUGAAAGGUGGAGAAGUGGGAGCGAGGGAAAUAGGAGCCUUAGCAUGGAGGUACCUGGGGAGGAAAAGGAGGGUUUGGAGGACAGAAGUCAUUAACACAGCGGAAGUCCAGACUGCAAACAUGUACUUUUCCAGGAAGCCUACUUGUCUUAUGCAUUCAUAUCCUUGUUGAUAUUAACUCACUAAGUUACACUUCAUCUGCUUUGAUCGUACUUACUCUUUUGUACUUAUGAUGUCUUUAUUUGUCAACGGACGAACAACAGAUGCAAAAUCACUACUCCAGCCUCUGGCUGCCUGUUGAAGGCUGUAGGUUGGAUCCUGUUUUUGCUCGUUUUGCUCAAACUGAUUGGCCAUGAUUGACACUGACGUGUCAGCCCAAUUUUGGUCGCCGAACACUACAUCCUCAUCCUACAUGUUUUGUCUUUGUUCGUAUCACUUGCGGUUCUCAGUCUUCAUUUUCCACGUGGCCUAGUUACACAGAGGCUUUUAAAGUCCCGAGUGUGUACAAGAUGUGUGUUUGAGAGACUUACCUCCCAGCGUUUUUAUGUAUGUAUGUAUGUAUGUAUGUAUGUAUGUAUGUAUGUUUUCUUGGAGGGCGGGUGGGGUGGGAGUGAGUUUUCAGAUGUUUAUCUGGUGGCAGGCGAGAUUUCUUUAGGCAUCAAUGUUUUCUUCAGGCAUUUCCGAGGACAGGGCUUUCCUAGCUGAGUGGGACGCUGGGAGGAGUCCAUCGCCAGGCCCAGAAUCUUGCGCGAAGCAUUAACAUCAGUGUGCUAAUGAAACAGAAUGCCGCGGGUAAUGUUUUGUAUUGAAGCUGACAGUUUCUGAGAUCCUCCAACGCCUCAUGCCCUGGUGUGUGUAACCCCUGCCAAGGGUGUGUCCGUGAUGUCAGGUAAGGCGAGGUGACAUCCCCUGGUCCAGAAAAACAGCCAACUCUGGAAUCAGACCCACCAGUCAUGGUUCUCCGUGCUGACGUUACGCUUGCAGGAGGCAGGACGACUCUAAGCGGCAUAGCAGAGACUGUUUGGAGCCUUGCUUUGGCCCUUGUCAUUCAUUGUCUUUAAAACUUUAAAUAUGCUUUAUCCUUCCCAACUCGCUGAAAAAUGCAGGACACCUUUCCCCUUUCCAUCCCUCUGUGGCUACGGAACCUCAAUGCCUUAAUGCAGUGUAUCAGGUUAAGUCUGUGACUAGCCAGCUGGGCGUUUAGGUCCUGACCCACCUCUUUUUACGAAAGUUUUCGGGAUCCAGCUCAGACCAUGGGUAAUAUUUUGUUUUUUUUGAGUCUUUAUUCCAUUUGAGGGGAGGCUCUAUUACUGUCUCCUCCCAUAUACGCUUUGUUUUAACAAGGAAGGUCCGUGAAAACCCAGAUUCCCUGAACUGUGUGCCUGGGAGGCGAGACUUUUAGAGCAGGCCCUGUGUUUGGCAGAUGAUAACAGUGUUGCUUGUUGCGGUUAGAAGGCCAAGGGUACAUUCUGGUUUAGUGAUCGUUACAUUCCAGUGUAAAGGCCAGAUCUCCAUGAAUUACUUCCCCUUGUUCUGUACUAACAAAGCUAAAUUAGGGUGUUUUUAUUGACUGCAUGACGAUAUGCAGUGGGACACCACUGGAGUCAACUUCCUUCAUGCAUUUAAAUGAUAUGAUUUAUAAAAUUUGAUUCAUGCCCAAUUUUAUGGUUAUAGGUAUGGCUUCAGGUAAACACCUGAAAUGCUCUCUAGUUGUUUUAUGAAUCCCCAAGGAGAUUGCACAGCUCUCCAGGCUGGCUUCCAUUAGACAUUUUGAAGUGUGUGGCAUUUCUCAAGCAUCAUUGCUGUGUAUCUGUGCUGCUUGAAGUAACCGAUACAUAAGAUCCCCUCAGAAAAUUAGGCGCUGAUGAUUAGACAUUAUCUACGCAUGUCUAGCUUACUGAAAGAUCCCUUGUCAGAAUUCUUUGCUUUUUGAGUUCUCAUGAUCAUACGUACGGCACAUGGGCUGGUGACUUCCACACAUGGGCAUGUAAUGUGGGAUACACAUCUCCUGUAAAAUAUGAAGGAUGUUUUAGCUUUGUCAGAGGCUUGGAUGGAUGCUCUAAUUCAUUUCAGUCUUUGUAGGUGACAGGGAAACCCCAGGCUUAGUUCAAGAUGUCAGGACCGCGUGGGACGAUGUCUGUGCUAAUUCUAAAAAUCAUGCUUUUUUAUCGUAAGGCCCUUCCAGGCUCUUUGGUGUAAAGUAUCUCAUGUCAGUCCUAGGGUCACGUGAGGACCGUGUUUAACCUUGGUGGCUUAGAAGCAAAUUUCUGGUGCAAGAAACCCUUUAUCACCACCUGGAUGCAAAGACCUAUUGCAUAGUAGAUUCCGUUGGGGAUUUCAAGGCGCCAUCCUUCUUUAGAGCCAAUAAGUAGUAAAGGGUCCCUAAAUAAUCUGUAGGUAAAUAGUAAAUUAGUAAGUGAACUUUUGAGCCAGUGCACAGCUCAUCUGCCCUUUGCUUGGGUUUUCUCUUCUCUUGAGCAGGUAGCUUGGGACGCUGCCGUGUUUCUCAUGUUGCAUAAUGUCCCUUUGGAAGCACUGAUUUUGUUCACCUUUACUCUUGAGUAAUACAUGCCGUUUGAUUGGGAGGUUAAGAGGUGACAGUUAAAACCAUGAAUUAGAAGACACGGUACGUUAUUGUGGGAACCGCAGGCUGCCGCCAGCCAGCCCUGGUGUUUUCUCCUGGAGUACCUCUUUUCCCCCACAUAUCUUAUUUCCCAGGAUUGAGGUAUGAAUCUGAUUGUAAAAAAUUAGCAUUUCUUGUGCGGGGACAGCAAUUUGUGUCAGAUUUCAAUCUAUUUAGAGUGAAAACCAACGAAGCCCGGUUGACAAAUGGCCAGUAAAUUGCUGUCCUAAUCAAGGUGAAUCAAGCUCUGAGUAUGUGGCGGAUGGCAGAAUUUCAUGAACGUUGUGCCCCAAAGAAUCAGUUCAUCUCACUUGAUGAUGGAAUCAGGCAGGACCUGUCUCUUCUUAGAAAGGCUGCGUGUUGGCUAUUAGGAGUCAGGAGGGGAUGGGCGCAGUCAGGCUUUAUUAGCAGGCUGGAUCCGGUGACAGGGUGGAUAUAAAUAGAAGGAGGCUCUCCUCGAUCAUAGCGCCAGGCCCUUAACAUGGCUUUUCUUCUUCAAAGCCCUUUACAGGUAUGGUUCUUGUAGCCACUCUCAAGAUCUUAGGCUGUUAUUUGGCUGUUUAUUUGCAUGUUGCUUCUUCCAAAGAUGGAAGUAGUGAUUUUUCAGAGAUCAGAUUUGGGAAAAAAAUUAGGUUGCGCAUCCUUCAGAAUCCUCUGAUAUUUUCCGCUUUAUUUGAAAUAUUUUGAAAGGUCUUAGCUCAGGUUAGGUGUCCUGUGCUCAUUUCGAGAUUUCCCGAGUACGAAAUGAGGUCGUUUUCUGUGCUACUUAGACACGCUAGAUAUCCAUGGGCAGCUAGAGCAUGUCUGGAAUUUCAUAAGCUUUGAGUUUAGACCUUCCCAUUUUAUUUUCUAUCUGGAGAAUAUUUGCUUUUCUGAGUCAUGUGAAGAAAUGAACAACUGCAAACCUUUUCUCACUUCAGAGUAGGGAGCGUGAAAUUAUGAGUAUGUUAAGUAGUUACAUCGCAAGUUUCUUGAACUACUUUGAGGCAGAUCACUUUGAAAAGUCUGGGUAACUGAAAGAAACGGGACAUUUCUUUUAUCACUAAUACAGUGCAGUUCACUAAAUGAGCCCUUGUGAGCUGCAAGCCUUUGGAGGCAGCCUCGUGACUUACAAUAAAAAGCUUCAUGUUUUCACCUGAGUUUGGAUAAUUGUCUCUGCACAGUAAGAGUGUAACAUUCCUCAUGUCUUAUAAAACAAAAUCAAGAUGGAGAAGUGGUGUAUUAGUCAGUAGUGGGGUGAGGAAGGAAGGAAGGAAGAGAAUUUAUUGAUUCUCAUAAGUGGAGAUCUGAAGCUGGAGCUGGACUCCUCUGUUGCUUUGGAUUUAAGAGGGGGAUCUUUCUUGGAGACUGCACAUGCCUCAUCUCAGGGAAGAAAGGGAUGUGUGUGUUUUGAGAUGUUCCCUUCUAAACCGGUGACAGUAGGCAGAGACCCCAGCCCUUCUAUAAUGGAAUAUGGUGGAAUCCUUUUCAGUGUACGUUGACCAACCUGGGAGUAAAGACGUAAAGACACUCAUGCUGGGAUUUCCUCUUGGAAUGACCCAGCUGACCUCCAGAUGGGUUCCCAGGAUUGACAGCCUCACUUGGCUUGGAGAUACCAGCCAGCCCCUCAGUGCCCCCCUCUUAAACAGGAGAACCACAAAGUGUUACCAAUCUUCUGAGGAAGGUACCUAACAUAAAAAGUAGAGACCAAAACCAACAAAGAGAGCAAAAUAACUUCUCUUAUGAAGGAGAGAAGAAAAAUCUCUAAAAGAAGAUCACGAAUCACCACAGGGAGGUCAUAGCAGACUUUGCAUCCUGGUAACAAGAACAGGAUAGGGUGGGGAAGGGAGUCUUAACGAGAAUUUAAAAAGAGCUUUGUGAAAUUAAAUUGUAAAGCUCCAUAGAAGAGCUAGAGGGAGAAGCUGAUGAUAGAUCCUAGGUGGAAGAUUUAAAAAAAAAAAGAGAAGAAAAAGCGACAGAACAUAAAAGAAAAAAUUAAGCAGAUUGAGGAGGUCCGACAUUUGAUUGAAUAUUUGGGCAAAAGAACAGAAAACAGAGAUGAGGAAAUUAGUAGUAAUUCAAGAAAAUAUCCUAGCACAAGAACAUGAAUUUUAAACUUGAAAGAAGCCAGUGUGCCCUGAAGCCACAAGCAGAUCGUCAGUAGGCACGUCAUUGAGAAGUUUCAGCUCAGAGGCCCCAGUAACUGGGCUGCUGACAGACUUCCCCGGUGGAAGCUGGGAGACGGUGGACAGAAGCCCUUGAAACUCUGCGAGAUGUUUUUUCCACCGCGGAGGUUUUUUUUUUUAAGAUUUUAUUUUAUUUAUUUGAGAUCGAGAGCGAGAGAGAGAGAGAGAGAGCAUGAGCAGGGGGAGCAGCAGAGGGAGCAGCAGACUCCCCAGCUGAGCAGGGAGCCAGAUGUGGGGCUCGAUCCCAGGACCCUGAGAUCAUGACCUGAGCCGAAGGCAGAUGCUUCACCGACUGAGCCACCCUGGCACCCCUUGACCUUGGAAGUUUUUUCCCCACCUAAACUACUAGUUCCAACGUGAGGGUAGUUAACGGCAUUUUCAACCAUGCAAGGCCUCAUGUUUUCCACCUAAAUCCUUUCUUAGGGAACAUACCUCCUCAAAAGGGAGAAAAGCGAGAAUGAGGAAGACAUGGGACCCAGAAGAGAGGCUGUGUGACAAAGGAGAGAGAAGCAAGGUCUCAGGAUGGCGUUUGCCAGCCAGCCAGGCAUAGAAGGCAGUUCGUCUGGAUGGGAGCAGAACAGAGGCCCUGGUGGAAAGUUCUUGAGAUGAGAUUAACAAAAUGCCUAUAUAUCUCAGUUUAUGGAGAGGAGAAUUCCACAGUGAGUGGAAACAUUGCGUUCUUUCGAAUGGGUGAUAAGUAUGUUAAAACUAAGGACGUGGAAAGAACAAGGUCAUGACUGACUCCAGGGCAGAGUUGUGUGAGGAAAAGGACACAGUCCCAGGGUGCUGCGGGGUCAGCUGGGACGUCCUCAUAGAGCUUCGGGGUCACACCUGCUAGGAGGCGAAGGGCGGGAGGGAGGAAGAGCAGGCUGAGUGCUAGCCCAUGACUUGAUGACAGAAACUGGGAAGUUCAUAAGUGAGUUAUCAGCAGUGUGGAGAUGAACACCAUGGCAAUCAGCCAAGGGAUCUGAAGGAGAAGGGCAUUGCGAGGAGUGAGGGACACCAUGGAAAGAGUCCCUAGAGAUUGUACAACCCAGUUUCCUCUUGCUUUUUGAGAAAAGAGACCUGCAAAAAACAAUUCGGUCAGAUACAUAGAUCCAUUAAGAGCGUGGGUCCCCGACGAAGAGUCAACAUGAUGCAGUCUUGAUAAACUGUAACUCCUUUCGGCAGAUGGUGUAGCAAAGCUUGACUUUGUAAGAUGGAACUGAGGUAACUGGCAUUCUGUAAGGAACACUACUUAUCAUGCAAGACUAUUUAAUGCAGAGCUAUUUCUGAAAGAACCAACCUUCCCCUCUCCACAUGUAAAUGACUUUGCAGAAAUAUAUGUAUUUUUUUUAGUACACCUAUGUUAAAUAUCUCUUGAUGCAGAACUACUUUAUCUUUCUCAGCACCCCAGACAAAAAUCUUUUCAUCAAGCUGUGGUUCUCCAGGUGUAGUGCUUGGACCAGCAGCAUCAGCGGCACCUGGAAACUUGUUAGAAAUACGAAUGCAUCGGCAGUUCUCCUGAUCUAUCGAUCAGAGACUCUGGGAGUAGAGCCCAGCAGCCUGAGGUUUGACAAGCCCUCCAGGUGAUUCGGUUGUGCCAUGCAUCUGGCACGACCACAUCCAACUCCUUGGCCAUUUACACCUCUCUGUAGAUGAUGGGGAAAGCGGAUGUUGAGGGUGGAGGAGGGACAGUGAGCAGUCUCUGAUGCACAGAAUUUCUACCCGUGUGUCUUUCAGAUACACAGUAAUCCGUUCACGGUCAAAUGCCUCGUGAUGAUAAAGUCAUAGGAGACUGCAUUUCAGGCCGUGCAAAAUCAUGGUUGUCCCUUUAUAAACCAACCCCAAAGGACUCCAAAUUUAAUGGCUGCUGAACUAAGGGGGAAUAUAUGGAUACAAGUCAUACUUCUGUUUCUCUGAAUUUUCUCAUAAUUCAAGGAAGUUUUGGUACACCGAAACACAGCCUUGUAUGCGUAAGUUUUUAGUAUAUGAUAAAGACAGAAUGUGGAAACCCAAUGGGAUACAAAUGGGUUAUUACCUGUGCUGGGGGGAGGGUCGGGAGGGGACAGCCCAGAGCUGCCCCUCACAGAAUAUUUGAGCAGAAAUUCCCCCUAUGUUAAAGAGUUAAGUGUAAGCCUUGGAAUCCCAGAGAAGUUAGACUUCUGGUGUCUCAGGGUGGGGGGAGGGCUUUUUUGAAAAUGCAACUUUUAGGGGUCCCUGGGUGGCUCAGUUGGUUAAGCACCCGACUCUUGAUUUAGGCUCAGGUCAUGAUCUCAGGGUUGUGAGGUAGAGCCUCGCGUUGGGCUUUGCGCUGGGCAUGGAGCCUGGUUAAGAUUCUCUCUCUCUCAUUAAAAGAAAAGAAAGAAGAUACAAUUUUUAGAAAAAUCAAGGGAAUGGAUAGAUUUGACUAAGUUAAGAAAAAGAACUAAUCUUUUAUCAAAAGGAGCCACUAAAAGGAAAGUUGGGGAAGAUAUUUGCAGCGGUUUUGUGACAUAGAAUAUGGAGCGCUCUUAAAAAUUAUAUGAAAUACCAACAGUUAAAAUGUGGGAAGGAUAUGAUGAGCAGGGUUAUCACAUGAGGGUAGCAUGUUACAAUGGCAUGUUGUGUUUUUUGAAUGUCACAUUGAAAAAGGGGAAAGGAAACGCGGCUGAUGGCCUGGAGGGGGUUGGCUUCAGAUACAGUCUGUCGUCACUGCUAGGCACAGUCUAAGUGCGGUGCAAGUGAGUCCUGUGGGCUGGAGAGCAUUUGGGCAGUGUGGGUUGUGAGGCUUCGAUCUGUUCCUGCAUUUGGCCCCUCAUCUCACCUCUGGGAUUGCAUGGGAAGGCCACAUCAGAGGUGCAUUAACAUUAACGGCUGAGGAUGACCAGCACAGCACUGACGAUGAUGGGGAAAAAUAAAAAAGUUUAAUGGCCAGUAGGAGGGGAAUGGUAAAUAAAUUACUGUAUUCAUAUUAUAAUAAAAAUUGUGCAACCAUUUCAAGUCAUGUUUUCAAGGAAUUUUAACGACGUGGGGGGAAUGCUUCCUGUGUAAUGGUAAAUGAAACAAGAAUUAAAAUUCUAAAUUCUACAUGAACUCAAACCCUGCAGAGAAGCUGUCAGGGGGAUCUGUUAUCCACAUAAAAGUGAUUCUCCCUGGGUGUUAGAGUGACAAGUGACUUUAAUGUGUUCCUUUAUAAUUUUAUUUUCCUAGAUUUCUACAGAGUGUGUAUACCUUUUAUGGGAAGGAAGAAAGUAAAUAUUAUUGGAAAAGUGCAAGUGUGAUGUGUCAUUCGCCAAAAUAAAUACAUUCUGCAGUCGCCUGUGUAAAUAAAAGCCUUGUCACUUGUCCUUACAGAAUAACUCUGCCACUCAUUGAUGUGGCUUUCUUUUUGAUAUUUAUAAUGUUACCCUUGAGUUCUAUUUAAAAUGAUUGAUUAGGUGCAUUUAAAUUGAUGUCUUACUUUAUAGUCCCCAAAUCCUUUUUUACAGUAUCUGGUCAGGGGCAAGUGCAGAGAGCUGAGUCCCCAAGAAGUCAUAAAAACUUGAGCAAACUUUUCCCCCUUUAAUGAGUAUUCUAUAAGCCAUUGAUACUUGACUGAUUUCUUAAUAGUUACAUUCAUGGGCUCUUCUUUCUCCUUCCCAGGAAAACUUUAUGCCUGAUUACAUUUUUGAGCUGGAAUGAUUUUCCUGAAUUUAUAGAUGAAUGAAAACAGGAAACGAUUUUCGUGUGAUGCACAUGCUUUAGCUUAUUAGAUCGUUUCUUCUUUGAAAUUAUAUUGAUGCAAAAAUGCAGCACAUUCUAUAAAAAUCCGCUUUUUGAAGUUUCUUAGGUUUUAAAAUGCCUGUGUUCUCUUUUAAUUAGCUUGCUAUUGUUAAAUUAAAACUUUCAAGAGAGCCAAGAAUUGAUGGUUAUUUUUAGGACAUGCUCCAAAUUCAAAUAUAGUAAACUCUGGCUUACCUGUGCGGUGGGCUAGCUGUGCUCCCUAAUACGGCAGCCGAUACGACUUUUAAAUUAAAAUUAAUGAAAAUGUAAAUUGAAAUCCUCUUUCACACUAGCUGCAUUUCAAAGGCCCAGUAGCCACAUGUGGCUCCUGGUUACUGUACUGGACCGUGCAGGUCUAGAAAAUUCUACUGGACCUUGCUGGCCUAAAGAUAAUUCAAAAUAGGUAAAAACCCCUAAUAAUUUCUGGUUAGCUCUAGAAUACUAUCUAGUGAGUGUUCUUCCCCACCCAUUUUCUUCCUAACAAGACUUUGCUUGGCUUAUGCUAAAAUUACUUAACCGUCUCUGAAUAUUCUCCAAAUGAUAGGAGGAGGCAGAAAAGAAUUAACAGGGGAGGAUGCUUGUUCUGUUAAAUUUCUUUCAGAUUAAAAAAAAAAAAAUUUCUUUCAGAUAAACAGGUAAUCUGAAUGCAGAAAAAUAAAACACUGAAAAAAGCUCUGGUAGAUUCAUAGAACUUUAGAUUUGAAAAGGGCCCAAUGAUUACAUCUAAUCAAGCUUUCAUGAGAGGUUUAGAGGAACAGAGAGGUCAAGUUAUUUGCCUAGGUCACACAGCUAGAUCGUGGCCUUGUUACUCUCCAAGUUACUAUAAUUGUGUUGUUCAACAACUUUAGAGAGGAGAGGAGCCAAUUAGAGUGGGAUUAACUUUACAUAGGAUCACAAGUGUAUUGUAAAAAACAGGAAGUUACCCUUUAAAAACCCAGCUUUGUGAGCUUUCUUUUCAUGUCUUUAGAAAAAAAGGUACUUUCAUUAAUAGACAGUUUUACCUUUGGUCUUGAAACUAAUAUAUAUUUUAAGAAUCAAAAUGAAAUAUGCUUCCUUUUAAAAAUAGCCCUUUUUUGGGGGUGAGGGUGUUGGAGGCAGGAAAAGGAUUUGCUUUUCAAAAUCCUGUUUUCAUUUUGCAGAGCUUCUGGGUCAGUUUUCACCAGGGAGAUUUGCUACCCCCACAAAGUCCAUCGGAAGUAAAUUUCUGUGGACGGGUUUGUCAUUCCCCUAUUUAAUGUGAUUUCUCCGGUAAUGUUUAUUUCCAGAGGCACUGCCUAGGUUCCAUGCGUUGCUGAGAGCGAGCUGUGGAAAGGGAUUUAUUCUAGGAAACUGCCUUCAAGCUGUGAAGAGAUCGCACCUUGUUAAUGUCGGGGGGGACUCCUGGGUCGUUUGCACCAGGUCCUGUGGAUUGUACUUUUGAAAUACGCCGCGCACUUGUUUCCUUGUUUUCUCCCCAGACCUCCGCCCACACGGUCCUGUUUCAGUUGUGUCCCCGUCUGUCCGUCUGUCUGGCUGGAGCGACUUUUCUGGAACAGAUCAAUCAGAUCAUUGCACUCCCUGCAGUGAAUCCUGCGGUGUCUACUCCUGCCUGCAGAGUUGGGGUCCUUGCUUUGGCAAACCAUUCUCCUCUGCUUGGGGUUCAGCCUUGAGUCUGUUCUGCUAGCACGUUCUCCAAUCCUGGCCCCCACAACCUCGUGGUGAUCUCUGCUUCUCUCUGUGUCUCUAGUGUUCCCUGUUGCUGACCAGCUUGUAAGGGGUCAGCGCGUGCCCCCAGUGGGGAUGCCCUCUGUUCUGGGCUGUCUGUGAUACUCUGUUGGCUCCAAGUGUCCCCCCUCCUGUGUCGUUCAGCUGCUUGUCCUUCUGCACCCCCCCAUCCUUGGAAAUGUCCCUGACAGACUCCAGUGGACAUCCGUGAGGGAGGCAGUGUUUUGCAGAGGGUGCCGUGUCUUCCCCUGUUGUUGGUGGGCAUGGUGUCCCCAUCUAGGUGAUCGGGUGAUCCGCAAACUCACACACAUGCUUCCGUCAUUGCGGGCAGGUGUGUGUUGUCCGCUGCGUGCUCCCUGCGCGUGUUCUCGCACCCGGCGCUUGUUGGCUGUUGGGUCUCUGGUGGGCUGGCCACACUCGCUUAUCAACAGGCGAGUUCUCUGCAGAUGGCAUCGGCCAUUGCUCCUGGAUGCUGGUGGCGCUGGAGACACACUGGUGAGUACCGCCACCCGCUGUAACAUCCAGGUCUAGGGCACGAGAACUUGCAGGGAGCCCUGGCGGCCUGUCCCUCUCCUCUCUGGUCGGCUUCAUGCAGCCCCGUGGGGAGGAGAUCUCCAGAACCAUGGCUCCCCACAAAUACCAGUGUCUGUGUCAUGAUAGGACUCGGAAAGGAGCGUUCUUAUGAGGAGAACACAUUUCUGCCUGUCAUCGUGUGCGUUGUUUUAGCAAACUGAUGUCGCUGGGGUAAAAUUAGUCAGCCUCAGUGUGCAAAGUGCUGGGUUUGCCAAUGCCCUCUGUUUUAAAGCAUCUUGGAACCCGUCUAUCUGUUCCACGGGUUCCUUUACUUAAUCUUUCAUUUAAAGAAAAAAGACAAACACUCUGAGUUUCUAUUUACGUUUAAGUCGUUCGUGUGCGCACCCAGUUUUCUUGCACCGUUGGUCUUAGAUGUUGCUGCAGGGUGGGGUUAGGACUGGCUUGCCUUGCUUUCUCGGCCCCAUGCAGCGCUCCGGUGAGCAUGUGGUAUUUACCGAUCCUUGAUGUGGCUUUUAAACAAACCCAAGAAACCAUUUCAGCCUUUUAACCAGUGCUUUGCUAUUUUUUGGGACAGCCCUGCCUUGCAUUGUAUCUCUCAUCCUGACUUCUCCUCAGACCGCACAGCCUCACUUUGCUUCAGAAAAUAGAAAAAGCACCUGUGCUCAGAGACUGUGGGAUGAGUGAAAGAUAAUCUCCCGGUUGGUUAUGUUUGCCUGAUAAUUUGUCAUUUCAUUUGCUUAUUUGUGUACUUACCUUCGUACCAGCAAGAUGCAUAGGUCGCUGCUGGAAGAAGCAGUCUGGACAUUUCCAUGGUUCCUAUUCUAAAAUAGGUAUUUCCUUUCUUUGUGUUUUGAUUGAGAAAUGGCUUUGUAUCCCUGCCCCCACAGCGUCUGCCAUAGUAUUUUAUAUAAACAGGUAGCUAAUAAAUACGUGCUGGGUUAAGUUCCCAUGCUGUGUACCUGGUACCUUGCCCAUCUCCUCCUGGUAGAGUUUUCUGUCUUCUUCCUGCCAUUGCACCGAUGACUACACCCUCUUAUGAACCUUUAAUUUUGACCCCCCCUCAAAAUAAUUUUCCAGGAAAGCAAACUGAAUAGCACCAAAAGAGGUGUGUGCACGUGAGAGAGUGUGUGUGUGCACUCGCACACGCACGAGUGCAUGUGGCUAGCGGUUUAAAAGGGGGUGGUAUUCUUAAAAGGUAUUUCACUGUAUGUGAGUGACAAAAUAUUCUAUUUAUAGGUGUAGAGGCACUAUGGUUUUCUUCAUGCAUCCUUGCCCUUUUGCUGAUUUAAUCUUUCGUCUACGUGUGCAAUAAAAGUAGAUGUUGAAUGAGUGAAAGAUUUAAAAGCCCCGCAUGGCUGUGUCUGUCUAAACACCAGAGAGGUCAGCGGCCGACCCUUAGGAGUGGCGACCCUUAGGGGGGGUGCGUGCCUGGCUGUUUCAUGGGCUGUAAUGUAAAUGAACCAAAUUGUAGGUUCUGUGAGAAGCGCCUGUCAUUUACCUGUUUUUCCACCUGUCGUAUCUGAAUGCAAGUGAAGAAUAGCCAUGCUAUUAUAGGAAAAAUCUAAUUGGUCAGAAAGCACAUUGGCAAACGUCGGUACUUUAACUGGGUCCGGUCGCGCAUUGCUUGGGACACCCGAGACGUCUCACCCGUGUGUGGGUAUUUUCUGUUAUCAGCAUUACGUGGCAUCCUACAUGUUAUAGUCACCUGGUAGCAGCUCUGACAGGAUGCUCUUAUUUUGGAGGGGACUUUAAAAACAAAGGAAUAUAAUCAAGGUGCUCUGCUUUUUUUUUUUUUUUCUUUGUUGGUUGCUCUUAGGUAAUUCUUGCUGCAGGAUGCAUUAAGAGAAGAGGAUCCUUACUCACUAGGCAUGGAGAGCAGCUUGUCAGCUUCCAGCAUGCAGGACCCUUCCUCCUCACCCUUGGAAAAACAGCAAAGCUCAGCAAGCGGUAAUGGAGGUCUCGAUUCAGAAGAAGGCUCAAGCCUGGAGGAAAUUGGCUUUAACUGGGGAGAGUAUCUGGAAGAAACAGGUACCAACGCAGCUCCUCACACGUCCUUCAAGCAUCCACAGUGUGGUUUCCUUCUGGACGCACAGUUUCCCCAGGCCCAUGUGCCAGGUUUAGAAGAAGAGGAGCAUGGACCCCUGGACGAGCCACGUAUAAUCCCAACAUCUCUUAAGCAGGUUGAAAUCAGCCUUCAGAGCAAUUUCCAGCCGGGGAUGAAGUUGGAGGUGGCCAAUAAGAACAACCCAGACACGUACUGGGUGGCCACGGUCAUCACCACCUGUGGGCAGCUGCUGUUGCUACGUUACUGUGGUUACGGUGAGGACCGCCGGGCCGACUUCUGGUGUGACGUGGUGAUCGCGGAUCUCCACCCUGUGGGGUGGUGCACGCAGAACAACAAGGCCUUGAUGCCCCCGGACGCAAUCAAAGAGAAGUACACAGACUGGACAGAAUUCCUCAUUCGUGAUUUGACUGGUUCCCGGACGGCACCUGCCAACCUCCUGGAAGGUCCUCUGCGAGGGAAAGGCCCUAUAGACCUCAUUACAGUUGAUUCCUUAAUAGAACUUCAGGAUUCUCAGAGCCCUUUUCAGUACUGGAUAGUUAGUGUGAUUGAAAAUGUUGGAGGAAGAUUACGCCUUCGCUAUGUGGGAUUGGAGGACACUGAAUCCUAUGACCAGUGGUUGUUUUACUUGGAUUACAGACUUCGACCAGUUGGUUGGUGUCAAGAGAAUAAAUACAGAAUGGACCCACCUUCAGAAAUCUAUCCUUUGAAGAUGGCGUCUGAGUGGAAAUGUGCUCUGGAAAAAUCCCUUACUGAUGCCGCACACUUUCCUCUUCCAAUGGAAGUAUUUAAGGAUCAUGCAGAUCUGCGAAGCCAUUUCUUCACAGUUGGGAUGAAGCUAGAAACAGUGAAUUUGAGCGAGCCGUUUCAUAUCUGUCCUGCAUCAGUGACCAAGGUUUUUAACAAUCAUUUUUUUCAAGUGACUAUUGACGACCUAAGACCAGAACCUAGUAGACUCUCAAUGCUGUGCCAUGCAGAUUCUUUGGGGAUUUUACCAGUGCAGUGGUGCCUUAAAAACGGAGUCAAUCUCACCCCUCCCAAAGGUUACUCUGGCCAGGACUUCGACUGGGCAGAUUAUCACAAGCAGCAUGGGACAGAAGAAGCACCUCCCUUCUGCUUCAGAAAUACAUCAUUCAGUCGGGGUUUCAUGAAGAACAUGAAGCUUGAAGCCGUCAACCCCAGGAACCCAGGAGAGCUCUGCGUGGCCUCUGUUGUCAGUGUGAAGGGCAGGCUGAUGUGGCUUCACCUGGAAGGUCUGCAGACUCCUACUCCAGAGUUCAUUGUCGACGUGGAGUCCAUGGACAUCUUCCCCGUGGGCUGGUGCGAAGCCAACUCUUACCCUCUGACCACACCACACAAAACAGUCUCACAAAAGAAGAGAAAGAUUGCAGUUGUGCAGCCAGAAAAACAAUUGCCAUCCACAGUGCCUGUUGAGAAAAUACCUCACGACCUUUGUUUAUUCUCUCACCUGGACACCUCAGGUACUGUCAACGGAAAAUACUGCUGUCCUCAGCUUUUUAUCAACCACAGGUGUUUCUCAGGCCCUUACCUGAACAAAGGGAGAAUCGCAGAGCUACCUCAGUCGGUGGGACCAGGCAAAUGUGUGCUGGUUCUGAAAGAGGUUCUUAGCAUGAUAAUCAAUGCAGCUUACAAGCCUGGAAGGGUAUUGAGAGAAUUACAGCUGGUGGAAGAUCCACACUGGAAUUUUCAGGAGGAGACGCUGAAGGCAAAGUACAGAGGCAAAACGUACCGGGCCGUGGCCAAAAUCGUGCGGACAUCGGACCAGGUAGCAGAUUUCUGCCGGCGGGUCUGUGCCAAGCUGGAGUGCUGCCCAAAUUUGUUCAGUCCCGUGCUGGUUUCGGAGAACUGCCCAGAGAACUGCUCCAUUCACACCAAAACCAAGUACACCUAUUACUAUGGAAAGAGAAAGAAGAUCGUGAAGCCCCCGAUCGGGGAAGCCAGCACUGAGAGCGGACACCCGAAGCCAGCCAGACGUAGGAAACGGCGCAAGUCCAUCUUUGUGCAGAAGAAGCGGAGGUCUUCCGCUGUGGACUUGGCUGCAGGCUCGGGGGAGGAGAGCGAGGAAGAGGAUGCGGAUGCCGAUGCCAUGGACGAGGACACUGGGAGUGAGGAAACCAGCUCUGAGCUCCGCGAUGACCAGACAGACACCUCUUCGGCUGAGGUCCCCUCCGCGCGGCCCCGGAGGGCCGUCACCCUGAGGAGCAGCUCCGAGCCCGAGCGCCGGCCGCCCGUGGAGAGGCCGCGGCGGGGCCGGAGGGCGCAGGCCGCCUCGUGUGCCAAGGGGGCAGAGCAGGGCGUGGCCACUGGCCAGGACCCAGCAGGGGACCCGAAGCAGGAGGAGGAGGAGAGGCUUGUUCUGGAGAGCAACCCGUUGGAGUGGACGGUGACCGACGUGGUGAGGUUCAUCAAGCUGACGGACUGUGCCCCCCUGGCCAAGAUAUUUCAGGAACAGGACAUUGAUGGGCAGGCACUGCUGUUGCUGACUCUCCCCACGGUGCAGGAGUGCAUGGAGCUGAAGCUGGGGCCCGCCAUCAAGCUGUGCCAUCAGAUCGAGCGAGUUAAAGUGGCUUUCUACGCCCAGUACGCCAACUGACGCUGCCCUCUCGGGAGUUGACCCAGAGUCGUGUGAUGCGGUGUCGUGGGAAGGUUUGGGGACCGACGCUUUAUUUCUUGGAUGAUAAGAGCUGGUACAUACACUCUGUAGCAGUGAAAAGCAAGAAGCACGGAGGACCUCCUUCACCCUCCAGCCUGCGUGAUAGUACCCCGUUUUCAAGCACACCCAGGGCCACAGCGAGGCUCCUGGAGUGGUGGACGCUGCGGGAAGUGGGAGAGCGUCUCUGUACGUCCACGUCUCGCCUUUCUCCCUCCCUCCCUGUGAAGGGCUUUCCUCAGCCACGGUCCACUUUGCUUUGAUGACUUUUCUGAAUGUGCCCAGGGAGGACACAGGCUGGUGGUUUUGCUCUGGUCGUUCCAGACGCUUCUUUCGUGACGACGCCUAUGGGGCCGUGGCUGCGUGGCUCAGUUGGAUCUUGGUGGCAACUUAGUUCUCAGACACACUUGUUGCAGGAUGCGGUUACAAAAGGAUGGGCUAGACUUGCAUCACCUGUCACAGGUGCCUUUUAGGAAGUGGGGGGCGUGAAGGCAGGCGGCAUAUUGCAAGGAGACCGUUCUUCCCAAGCGACAGACAUCCAGAGCCUGUGGAGCGUUCCGUUUGCAGUCUUUUAUAGAACUUCACAUAUUGCUCACUUUCUCAUUUAAUUGUGACCAGAUCAGGGAGUGAUUCCUUUAGUCUGUUGGGAAAUGCUGAGCUGUGUAUUGAAGGAAAAGCUUAAUAUCAGAGACGAGUGGGAAGAGGCUUCGGGAAGCUUUUAAUAAACCAGCUGUGUCCCCAUAGAAGGAUCCCGCAGUGAGUCUGUCAGUGAGACUGGCUUUGAGUGCCACUUGGAUCAACCUGGCCCUGGGACGUCCGACGGGAAGCAGGGCAGCCACCUGGCUCGGCCCUGCUCUUCUGCUGGUCCGGCUGACCGGCCCCUGUGAUCCUGGAUGACCACAUCACUCUGGAGCCUCUCGUCCGCCUCCUGCUAAGGGAAGGGAAGGGUCUCAAUCCGCCAACGUUGAGACACCGUAGGUGAGAAAGAAUCACAUCAGCAGUGUUUACUGUUUCCGGCAGCCCACUCUGGCUUGGAGUGUGCCGAAGACAUUUCUUGGGCAGUUUUCAUUAAAUCCAUGAAGUCACCUGUAGAGAGAUCUGGGACUCUUGAGCAUUGGCUGGGUUUUUUUUUUGUAUCAAGCACUUCAUCUGCGUAUGCCUGUGAGGGACCCAGUGUGCUCACUCCAACCCGAAUGGAUGGCCCUCCUCCGUUGGGAGGCGUCCAAAUGCCUUUCGACACGUGUGCAAGGAAACUAGACCUUGAGAGAGUCUGGACGUGGACACGGAGGGGAGCACAGCCUUCUGCUGCUCUUGUGCCAUAAUUACCUUGAUCUUUUCUCCUUGAUCAGUAUCCACUGCUGGCGGGACAUCAUGGGGUGGGCUGCUGAGCUGUCCUGUUUCUGCAUACAUUGUAAAGCACGAUUAUCUGCCAGAUUUUGCCAAGUUUGAUGACCAACGCUAACCUUCAUUCACAGUCUGUCCCUGUUAACAGAUGCAAAUGGAAAACCGAUUUUGCCAGGUGAGUUUUUCCUUUCCACCCUAGCUGACUUCUCCCACCAAGUUUGAAACGUUUGGCAAGUGGGUUUGCCUGGGGACCUGUUCUGGAAGGACCAGCGUCCCACACCGGAAGCGCCCGUGGUGACUCGUGCUUGGCUCGCAGUCGGGGCUUCUGUGUCCCACGCCGAGGGGUCCGCCACCUCCCGGGUUCCCACUCCUGCCUGCCUUCUCAGCCACAUGCUUCUAGCCUUACACACUCAGCCUUGUGGAGUCGAUUGGAAAGGGUAUCCAUUUCAAGAUCUUUGGCAUUUUCCCUGCGCUGACUCACUCGCGAUCCUUCACUGUGGCCUUUUCAAGCUGAGCUAUUCCUGUCGCAUCUGAAACCGGAGCGAGGGGGUGUGAUGGCUGCAACGUAAUGUUGUACUUUCAGAACGGAUGUCCCCUCCUCGUGCCCUUUCAAGGAAAGGCGCGGGGGAGGAGGUGCUACAUGGGAUGAGGCAGAUCUUGCAGGCGUCCCUGGAGCUGGAAGGCCUCCCCUUGGCAGCCCGGGCAAGACACGGCCACCGUUGCUGGGGAAGCUUCCUGCUUCCGUGUGCCCGACACCUCCUUGUCCUCAGUCCCUCUCUGUGCGGCGAUCUGUCACUUCACCCACGUCCACGUAAUGGUGCGUGGUCAGCAAGACGUGGCCGGGGCCAGAGGCAGAAGGCCCGGCUCCGGGGUAACCAUCACGAAGGUCCUGUAUGUGUCCCCUCCUGGCCCUCCCAAGAGCCAAGAAACCUUUUAGGGCCAAGAAGAUGCUUUUGCUGUGAGUGUCGCCACCGUCCUCCUGAACUUGGAUUCUUUGGGGGAUUCCCACUGGUGGGUGUACUUCCUGUGGGUAGCAAGUUGGCAACGGAAUGGUGAGGUGGUGUUUGUUCCUCUGUAGGAUUCACCUCACGUCAGCUUCUGUCUUAUCAGUAGGGCCAGUUUCCAAGGCACAUUUUACCGUGUUGUUACUGUGUCUCUUAAGGCAGGAAAUGCUGAUUUUACACCUCUACCCACCCACCCCCCCCAGGACCACCACAGCCCCAGCCAAACGCUUCUUGGUUGAAAUGCCAGCAAGUGACGCCUCUCCCCCACUUCUCUGUCCCCAGACGCUUCAGUCUCUGCUCUGUCUCUAUGAUAAUACUUCGGGACCAAAGUCCUGUCCUCUGUGUAGCCGGGUCCUGCGUACACCGUGCCGCUCUUUACCUCCUGUAGCUGGUCGAGAAGCGUGUCUUCCUCUCCUGCCCGAGCGGACACUUGGCGUUCUGUACAGUGUGUAUAACUUGAGAAGCAGAAAUGCUGCCUCGUCUUUAAGGCUGACAGUCACGACGCAAUCCCCUCCGGAAACUAAGGGAGCUGGUUCGGCCCCUGCCUUCUUGACUGCGUCUGUAUUGUGUUGGGAAACUAUCCUACCCACAACAAUAUAAACCUAAGAAGAGCAGGGUACGGCUGGCAUUGCAAACGAACUUCUUUGCUUUUCCAAAAAAAAAAAAAAAAGAAAGAAAAGAAAAGAAAAAAAAAAAAAGGAAAAUGGAAACCAGUUUCCUUCAAGUUGCGUCAUCCAGAGAACUCAUCCAUCGCUUUUAAAAUUAGGUUCAUUUGAUCAAAGUUUGACUCACACACAGUGUUUGGGCUGUGCAGCGAUUAGGUUGCUUUACCUUAUUUGAUCAUAUUUGAAAGCGUAUUUCCUGUGUUUGCUUUGAUUGGUUCCUCGGUACAUUAAAAUGACUCAAACCUUUGACCCUGCCCCCUCUGACCCUUGCUAUAAUCUCUGGAAAGUUGAUUUGGAUCAGUCUUUGAAGCUUGGUCUGAGUGUCCUGACUCGUCUCUUAGAAUGCUGAGUGUUGUAUCAAGCAAGUUCUGAGAUUUGCCUUUUAUCUUAGACCAGACACCUCUCUAGGAGCUGUUCUCCCUUCGUUUUGCAAGCACUAGGGGUUUUUGUAACUUCUUACGUAGAACACCCAUUUAUGUUUAUUUCUGUAUAUAGAACUAUAAAAACUGUAUCGUUGAAAUCUUUGUUGUGGUUUGAGCACCAUUGUUGCUUUUUGGUUAAGGUGGUGAAUCUAGGAUCCAAGUAUUCGAUUCUGUCUUUAGAAAGCUGUGAUCACGUGUGCAAUUAUUUCUGAAGGAAAAGAUAGUAAGUUUAGGUCUCUGUAGUUUUUAAGGAAGCAAUCGUUGAAGAGAUAGACAUACUGCCCGUUGUGUUCUGGUGCAAUAACAAAUAGCAAGGAGAAGCUCUGUCUUCAACUAUUACAAUGUAAUGAUUCUCUUACUCGUUUCCUGUUCUUUUCUGUUCAAGAGUUUUCUGGAAAUGGCUUUCGUCCCUUUAACUUGGUUGAAUAUUUCAGUUGGUUCUCAUAGCUUUCAUCACUAGAGUUGGUUUACAAGUAUCCCAAAACACGAAUGCGAUAAAAUCAAAUUGUGCUAGUUUUGACCCCCUGAAUUUACCUAAAAUUUGUAAUUGCUGACACAUGGUGCUGCUUUGGGUUUUGGUUAAAAGCAUCUCUAGUUCAGGUGGUAAGAACUAACCCAAACAAUUUCCUCAGCGGUGGUCUUUCCAUCUUCCUGGUUGGUUUUAAAUGCUGAGGAUUCCGUACCAGCGAACAUGUCAAUCUUGUCAUGCAGCGAAGCCAGAGUGGUGCUCCCAUGGGCCUGGCGGAUACCCUGAAGAAAAAGUAAAGUUCUGGGACCAGGGUUUGCUGAAAAUCAGCUUAUGAUGGGAAAUUGGAGAUAAUUUUUUUUUUAAUGACAGAAGAAAGAAAUCAUCUCAUUUGUUGUUCACGAUGGGAGCUAGCAUGAUAUCCAGAAGCAUAAACUGUCCCUAGUCGUGAAUGUCAGAAGCCCUUUUACUGUUUUGCAUUCCAGUUUGAGUAGUUUGUAUUGAGAUCUGAUUCAUAUCUUGUGUACAUUUCGGUGUGUAAAAGGAAAAAUUCGUGUUCUUACUUUUGGAAUUUGCAGGACAAAGGGCAUGUUGUUGGUUUGCUGGAAGAUUGUAUUCUGUAUAUAUGUUUUCAUGUAAAUAAAUAAAUCUAUAUCAGAGUUAUAUUUUAAUUUUUAUUCUAAAUGAAAAGAAACCCUUUUUACUUGAAAAAAUUGUAAGCCACAUUGUUAAUAAAGUAAAAAUGAGUUCUAUGGUGGUGUGUGUGUCUUUCUAUGUAAGGUCACUAAAUACUAUCUUUAGGGUUUGCGUUUUGUUCUGUUUGUCUUUUCCUGCUACGCACUAAAACGUGUGUUUGUAGGGUUUUAAUAACCAUGGUUCUGAAAGUCCCGUGCGAUCUUUCAGGGUUACCCGGUAGCUUUGGCACUUUUUAUUCAAGGCACUUGUGUUUAUUCUUUUUAUUGAAACAUUACAGUGUAUCCUACACAAUCACCUCUAGGCUUUCCCAUGGUCAGUGAUUGGGUUCUUCUGUGAUUGCCUGCUGCCUCAGGACGAAGACGACUUUAAGUCCCCCCGUCACUCCACACUCAGCGUUGCUGAGGGGCGGAGCCAAGGCCAAGGGAACGAGCAUUCAGGGGCAGAUGGUGGAGGAACAUCCCUUUCUUCCGACCCUGGCCCACCUUAAUCAUCCAACUUCUCUUAAAGUAGAUUAUGUUUGCCCCUACUGAGAAGCAGGUUCUGUAUAUAGACAUAUUUGUUGUGUUCUGUUUUGAAUUAUGAAAGAAAGCUUUUUCCAUCAGUCCAU